AUGCCAGUUUACAUGCUCCACGGAUUCCGCUGGCCACGCGCAGGCUUUACCGGAAUCCGCGUCUACAUCGUCCUCCACAACCUCGAAGAAGCCGCAGCCGAAUACAUCCAGCAACCCCUCACCACAGAACUCCUUGCAGAAUCCUUCCACAAAACACAGGCGGAUCUCGUUCCGCGCCUACCCGAGUUAUCCUUUAUCGAGCAAUAUGAUCCCGCCGACGAGACGAGCGGCACGGUCAGUCAAGACCAUGCGUACGUUGGCGCUCGAGUCAUGGAGAUUCCGGACGGCGGCGCCAGCGCCGGCGGGGGUCAGAAUAUCGAGGAUGUGGUCGAGCAGGGCUCUGGGUUAACGGAGGAUGAGACAAAGGCGCUGGAAGAGCUGCGGGACCGGCUUGCGCCCGGAGAGAAGAUCGGUUGGUAUCUUGUAUACAACGGGGAUCCAGAUCGCUGGUAUCCAGAUUCAGACUCAGAGUUUGAAGAAGAAUACGAGAGCGAGGAGGAUGUACAGAGUACUGUGCAGAGUCAGCAGCAAAGCCAGCGCCAGAGUCAAGUCCAAAGUCAGGCCCAGAGCAGGAUACAGAGUCAGCGACAGAGUCGGGUUCAAGCGAAGGAGGAGAGUUAUAUGGAUCCCCCCAGUCCACAAAGCUAUACGUCUCGGUUGACAAGGUUCUUCAAUCGUUUGAGUUCCGGGUGA